AAAACCCACGCUGCUAUUUUAAUUGUAUUAUUUUUAUUAUUGUAAAAAUAUUUGUCAUUAAUACUGUCAUGUCCUGGCUGUGUGUUUUGUCAUGGAUGACACUGAUGGAUAGAGUUCCAGAUUGGUACACUACAGUGAUGAAUGGGCAUAACAGUGACUGUGAAGCAUUAGGGCUGAAAUGUAUUCAUCAGUGUUUUGUCUAAGAGAUAUGAGACACCAAAGAUAGAAUGAUUUAAGAGCCAAAUGUGAAAUUUACAGAUUGUGUCACAAUCCACUCUCUUCCAGUUUGAAAUCAAAUCUAUGGAGCUUUUAUUUUCUUUGAUAAUAUUAUGUGUGUUAUUAUCACUUUUACCUCUAUGGAUUCUGUUCAACCAUGUUAUAAUUUAUUAUAAAUGUUAUUUAUUAGUCUUGUAAGUGUAAAGUUUUUCAUUAUUUGAGUAUGUGUUGUUCUCUUUUUAUUUUUAUUCUCCACUGUGGACUUUCCUGAGCCUAUUUUAAUGUCUCCGCUGCAGACUUGUAGGUCACAGGCUGCGCGCGCCCUAUUCGUCCUCUGUACCUUUAAGGGAACCACGUACCUUUUUUAUCCUGUAGAUACUGUGUGAUGUAAAAGUCCCAUCAAUUCAUGGGAACCUUUUAUUCCCAGAGUGGAGCAGAGGAGGAAGGACUGGUGCUGGAGCAGGCAGGGUUUUCCACCUCUGUGUAACUGACUAGGUCGUGAGAACAAAAGCCUACCUUUAAAUUUAAACUUCAGAGUUUUUUUGAGGGGGGUUUACAAGGCGGUAGCUAUCUGCUUUGUUGCGAAUCAUACUUUUGUCCUUCAACCUUUUAGAUUUAACUGUCAGUUAUUCUAAAGAUGAGUAUUUUUGCUCUCGGCAUGUUUCUGGGACUCCUUUUUUCACCCUAUCAGUGCUUGGAGUGUCCUCCAGGAUGUGAGUGUUUUGCCGUCACUCACACGGUAAAAUGUGUUUCGCAGGAUCUGCUUAGGGUGCCUCAACGUAUUCCAGGAUUCACAAGGACCGUCAUCGUCACAGGGAAUAACAUACACCGGGUUUCUCCAAAUUCAUUCACAGACACGGGGAAUGUCACCAACGUUAUUUUGAGCAAUAAUAGGAUUGUUGAAAUGGAAUCCCACAGUUUCUCUGCCCUCACCAACCUGCGUUUCCUGGACCUGAGUGGAAACCAGUUCGCACUCAUCCAUCCUGAGGCUCUCAGCAUCCCUGGUAGUCCGCUUCAGGAGCUCAACCUGAGCUGCUCCCUCUACAACUUCACCGCUGUGACAGACCUUACCACAGCUCUGCGCUGGGGUGGCCUGAGAGGGCUUCUCCGCCUGGACCUGUCCGGGAACCACUUAGCUCUGCUUCCCCCAGGGAUGUUCUCCCACCUUCCGAAUCUCAAGCAGCUCUUCCUCACAAACAACUCCCUGGUAGCAAUUUACAGUGGGACCUUCUCUGGCAUAAACCAUCUGGAGAUGCUAGACCUGACAAAGAAUGCCUUCAGAACAUUUGGUGCCGAUUCUCUUCUUGAGCUGGAGAAGCUGGGCCAAAUCCGCAUCCUUCUCGGUAACAACCCUUAUUCUUGUUCUUGUGAAAUCCGUAGUUUUGUUACCUGGCUGAACGAGUCCAGGGCUCAGCUGGACUUGGAUGGAGUAAGAUGUGCCUUACCCAGAGCUUUAUCUAAUGCUCAGCUCAGGGGACUCAGUAUCCAGGCUAUCGGAUGUGUUGUUCAAGUCCAAGCAGAAGUGACUGACCUCAGUCUGCCGACGUCCUAUGUCUUCUUAGGGUUGGUGCUGGGCUUUGUGGGGAUGGUCUUUCUUCUAGUGCUUUACCUGAAUCGCAAAGGAAUGAAGAAGUGGAUCAUUGAAAUGAGAGAUGCCUGUCGAGAUGUUCUAGAAGGAUAUCACUACAGAUAUGAGAUCGACUGUGACCCCCGACUGGGUCACAUCCCGUCAGACAACAGUGGCAGCAGGACACAGGGGCAUCUAAGGUUAGCCCUGUCACAGCAGCUGCCAAAUGACACCUGUAUUGUACAGGCUCCCACUGACACAAAGCUGAAAUGAGCCUGAAAAUGAGGCUCAUUGGUCACGACGUGAUUUAAUAUCUGAAUAGAUUAGACGUGUCAAUUUGAACAUUUGUUUUACCCGAAUUAUUUUUCCUUUAAAAUGCAGUUGUAGACUAA